ACUUCAAGUACACUUUUGAGGUACUUAGCCCAUCACGUCGAGUGGUUUCUUACCCAGCCAGCGAAUGCAAAUCGCUGACUUCCUUGUACACGUCACACGUGUCACAGUCACAGAAGACACUCCUCCUGCGGUGCGAUCCGAUUUCGGACAGAGCGAGAGACAAAAGUGUAUGUUCACCGUGGUCUCGAGUUAGCUGCCACCCCUUAUCGACUGGAACGCUAUGCAGGCAUUACAAUGGAUCUGCAAAGUUGUUUUGUUAUGUUACUUGUCACAUGCCUCGUGAAAACAGUUUCCGCCGAGAACGAAUUGAGGCAGCAUACACGGAGGUUGCGUUCUGUGCUCUUCAAUAAGACAACGUACGACCCAAGGAUGCCCCCCAUUCGCAGCUUCGAAGACACCGUUCCAAUGGAUGUUAAGUUUCAUAUGGUUCGAGCACCCACGUUGGACACGAACAAUCAUCUGUUCCAAGCAGACGCCAUUUUGUGCACGAGCUGGGAAGAUGUUCAUAUGGAAUGGGAUCCAUCGCAAUACGGUGGAGUACAGAGGUUGACGGUGGGGAGAAAGGAAGUUUGGACACCGGAACUGAUGAAUAUCAACGGGCGCAGCAUAUCCGCCAUCGGAACGGAGCCUGCUCGUGUAUGGGUAUCCUUUGAUGGCAGAAUGCAGUUCUGUAGGCCAUCGCCCGUACAGUCUGUAUGCGUAGUGGACCUAAGCAAUUUCCCAUUCGACAAACACGAAUGUGCCGUCCACUACAGCAUGCUGCAGUCCUUUGCCAUCAAUGUCGGCAACAUUACCGUCUCUUCUAGGCCAUUUGAAGGAGAGUUUCGUGUCCUUCGAGCCGACGGCGGGAAAGAAAAACUGGAGGCAAAUACGGGCUACUUGUACGAGACGCUCACUCUCCGCUUCGUACUCGAGCGACGCAACCAGCUUCAUCGCUACACCCUCGUUGUACCGUCCAUCGCCACUUUCAUGCUUAUCCUCUUGGUUGUCUGCUUACCGCCUGGUUCGGACCGUAAGAUCACCGUGGCCAGCGUCGCCCUGUUGAUCAUCCUCAUGGUACUGCACGGUACCUCGUACGUCGCUACUAGAUCUGUCAAGGUACCCAAACUGGUGACGGCACUGGGCGCCUUGAGCAUGGUGGACGGCAUUGUACUCGUCUUGACAAUGCUCAGCAUGAACAUGACCAAGUUCCCAACUACGUCCACUCUCCGUCCGCCAUCUUUCAUCGUUAAACUCUCGGAAGGAUUCUUGGGCAAGGUGUUAUGUCUGUGCGACCCUGCCCUCUCCGAGAAAGAGGCCCGCGGAGAAACAACUGGCUACAACGCACGCAAGGAAUGGUACAUCGCGGCACAGGCACUGGACCGGUUGCUAUUCCUAGUCCUUCUCAUCGCCUUCGUCAUCAUCCUAUGCUGAUUGGUCGCUGAGCGAUCCAAGUUCGUCAUACGCCUCUGCUGUAUGUCCUAUGACGACGGAAUGAAUAAAAUCAGCGUGACAUGCUCA